CUUAGAAAGUCACCAGAGUUAGAUUAGUCACUAUAGAAUAAUGCAAGCACCAGUUGUAUAUCUUAAUACGUCUACUCAAAGACAAACUGGACGUCAAGCCCAAAUUGCCAAUAUUACUGCCGCUAAAGCUGUGGCUGAUAUUAUUAGAACAUGUUUAGGACCAAAAGCUAUGUUAAAAAUGUUAUUAGAUCCAAUGGGAGGUAUUGUAUUAACUAAUGAUGGUCAUGCAAUUUUAAGAGAAAUUGAUGUAUCUCAUCCUGCUGCAAAAUCUAUGAUUGAAUUAAGUAGAACUCAAGAUGAAGAAGUUGGUGAUGGUACAACUACCGUUAUUAUUCUUGCUGGAGAAAUCUUAGCUCAAACAUUUCCAUAUAUUGAAAAAAAUAUUCAUCCAGUUAUUAUUAUUCAAGCUUUAAAACAAGCAUUAUCUGAUGCUUUAGAAAUUAUACAUCAAGUAUCUGUACCUGUAGAUAUUGAAAAUGAUCAAGCUAUGCUUAAAUUAAUUAAAGCAUCAAUUGGUACAAAAUAUGUUCAUAAAUGGUCACAAAUAAUGUGUGAAUUAUCUUUAAAAGCAGUUAAAACUGUCAUUGUAAAAGAUGGAGAAUAUAAAGAAGUUGAUGUUAAAAGAUAUGUUAGAAUUGAAAAAAUUCCUGGUGGAGAAGUUGAAGAUAGUGAAGUUUUAGAUGGUAUAUUAUUAAAUAAAGAUGUUACUCAUCCAAAAAUGAAGAGAUAUAUUGAAAAUCCAAGAGUAAUAUUAUUAGAUUGUCCAUUAGAAUAUAAAAAGGGUGAAUCUCAAACAAAUAUAGAAAUUACAAAGGAAGAAGAUUGGAAUAGAAUACUACAAAUUGAAGAAGAACAAGUUAAAUUAAUUUGUGAUCAACUUUUGGAAUUUAAACCAGAUUUAGUGAUUACUGAAAAGGGGGUUAGUGAUUUAGCUCAACAUUAUUUAUUAAAAGGUGGUGUAUCAGCAUUAAGAAGAGUUAAAAAAUCAGAUAAUAAUAGAAUUGCUCGUGCUACUGGAGCUACCAUUGUUAAUAGAAUUGAAGAUCUUAAAGAAUCAGAUAUUGGUAAUAAAUGUGGAUUAUUUAAAGUUGAAUUAAUUGGUGAUGAAUAUUUCUCAUAUUUAGUUAAAUGUAAAGAACCUCAAGCUUGUUCUGUAUUAUUAAGAGGUCCAUCAAAGGAUAUUCUUAAUGAAAUUGAAAGAAAUUUACAUGAUGCUAUGGCAGUUACAAGAAAUGUUAUGUUUGAACCUUCAUUAUCUCCAGGUGGUGGAGCUACAGAAAUGGCAGUCAGUGUUAAAUUAUCUGAAAAGGCUAAAUCAAUUGAAGGAAUUGCUCAAUGGCCUUAUCAAGCUGUUGCUGAUGCAUUUGAAGUUAUUCCAAGAACUUUAAUUCAAAAUUGUGGAGGUAACCCAAUUAAAAUUUUAUCACAAUUAAGAGCUAAACAUGCAAAAGGUGAACAUACUUUUGGUAUAGAUGGUGAUUUAGGUAAAGUUGUUGAUAUGAAUGAAUAUGGAAUUUGGGAACCUGAAGUUAUUAAACAACAAUCAAUUAAAACUGCUAUAGAAAGUGCCUGUUUAUUAUUAAGAGUUGAUGAUAUUGUUAGUGGUGUACGUCAACAACAAUAAUAAGAAUAAUAAUAUUAAUUGCACAAUGAUGUAUAAUGUAUAUGUGAUGUAUAUAAUCUUUUAUACCUGUAUAUUCCCUCUCUCUCUCUCUCUCUCUUUGAUACAGUACGUUAAGUACGUUAGGGAUCUCAUUAAAUAUUAAACACAGAUACACACACACUAUAUAUAAUUGAUAAUAUACCUAAUCCGGU